AUCGCAACGUAGCGCCGGGAAGGGGAGCUGCGUGCUGUCCCAGGCUGGUAUCCUGUUGCCGUCGCCGUCGCCACCGCCACGUUCUCUCCCUUUCACCCACCUAAGUGCCCAGCCACCACUCUACUUACCUCGCCCGGCACACGCAAACGCGCGCCUCGAUCGGCCUGGCACUCGCAGUCGCUUCCCUUUCCCACCACGUUGACAUCUCUACCGCUCCGGGAAGGAGGCAGGCACGUAGACGUAGCGAUGGCGCCGCGUUUCCUGGCGUGCUUCGGCAGGGGCGGCGCGACGGCCUCGGCGCCGGAGCCUGUGGAGGACCUGGCCCCGGGCCCGGUGCUGGUGGAGCUCUUCUCCUCGCAGGGGUGCGCGGCGUCGCCUGAGGCGGACGCCCUGGUGGCGCGGCUGGCGCAGGAGUCCUCGGAGACCGGCGGCGGCGAGCGAGCGAUGGUGGUGCUGGGGUUCCACGUGGACUACUGGGACUACCGCGGGUGGAAGGACCCCUUCGCGUCCAGCGCCUGGACCGUGCGGCAGAAGGCGUACGUGGAGGCGCUCCGGCUGGACACGCUCUUCACGCCGCAGGUCGUCGUGCAGGGCCGCGCGGACUGCGUCGGCACCGAGCAGGACAAGCUCGCCCAGGCCGUCCGCGACGCGCCCCGCUACCCCUCGCCCGCCAUGAAGGUGAAGUUCCAGCGGCCGAACCCGAGCACGCUGCAGGCGUCCUUCACGGGCGCGCUCCACUCCCGCGUGGACGGUGGCGGGAGCGUGCUGGUGGCGCUGUACGAGAGCGGCGUGGUCACCGACUGCGGCCGGGGCGAGAACAAGGGCAAGUCGCUGCUCAACGACCACGUGGUGCGCCGGCUGGAGAAGGUGGCCGCCGUGCGCGACGGCACGUCCGCCAGGAAGGCCGUGUCCGGGUCCGUCCAGUUCCCGCUGUGGGACGACUUCCGCGCCACCAAGUGCGGCAUCGUCCUCUUCGUGCAGAACUCGGCGCUGCAGGUGCUCGGCGUCCAGCACUUCGACCUGCCCGACAACGUCUGAUCGAGUGGCGGGCACCAACUUGCGGGGAGCGCAGGGGGCGGACGGCCAGGGGGGCGUAGCACAACUAUUCUUUGUAGAGUUUGAUUGGCGUGUUGCGCUGUUGUAAUACUCCCUCCGUUCCAUAAUGUAGCGCAUAUAGAUUUUCUACAAAGUCAAACUUUAUAAACUUUGACCAAGUUUAUAGAGAAAACUAUUUAUAUCUACAAUACCAAAUGUAUAUAAUAUAAAAGUAUGUCUUGUGAUGUAUCUAA